AUGAUUUAUUAUGAUUACAAAAAACAAUUAUCACAAGAUGAAUGUCUUGAAUCAUUACACAAAACCUUUGGUGACUCUUGUGUUUCUCGUGCCACAGUUUACAAUUGGUUUGCUAAAUUCAGUCGUGGCAGGGAUCACUUUGAAGAUGAACCUCGUGCUGGUCGACCAAGAACUGCACUCACUCCAGAAAACAUCGAAGCUGUUCGUGAACUGCGUGAAAGUCAAGUUUGGGUAGCAAGCAAUGAUCCUCAUCCAACUAAAGUUCGUCGACAACGUUCUGUUGGUAAACAUAUGUUUGCAAUUUUCUUCAUGAAGUCCAGUUUUAAUACAAUCAUUUCUCUUGAAAAUGGUACAACAGUUACAGCUAAGUGGUAUGCAAAUGAAUGUCUUACACAGGUGCUCAAACAAGUGGAAAAACAUUGA